AUGGGGAGUGUGGGAGAGAGGGCGUGGAGGAGCGUCAGUGAAAUUGGGACAUUUGGGGGUUUGAGAGGGUUGGAUGUGACUACACUGGGGAGUGAUACUAGAGGCGGGUUCGGGAGUGACAAUAGAGGGGACUUAGGAAGUGAUGGUAGAGGGGGGUUUGGGAGUGGCACGGUGUUUCACCCGACUGCAUGGCGGUGUGGGAUACCUGCUGUGGUGAGGAGGAGGAGGAUCAAAACCAUUGCUGAUUGGUCCGAUGAUGAUGGUAAUGACAAUGGUGGUGAUGGUGAUGGCGAUGGCGAUGGUGGUUGUGCUGAUGAUGGUGAUGGCGAUGGUGAUGCUGCUGGUGAUGGUGAUUGGUUGGAUGAGGACGGGGAAGAGGAGGGAGUGGAGGCAGAGGAGGGAGAGGAGGAAGCGGUGGAAAAUGAGGAGGAAAAGGAGGAAGAGGCAGGUGAGGAAGGGGGGGAGGUGGAGGGGAGAGAGAAGGAGGCAGAGGAGGAAGAGCAGGAUGAGCGUGAACUUGAGGGGUUAAGGGAGCGGCACGUGAGAGAGUGUGGAGGGAGGAGGAAGAGGAGACGUGUGAUAGGUAACGAGGAGGAGGAGGAGCAGGAGGCAGGAAAGUGGAUGGGGGAGGAGAGAAGAGGGAAUAUCGGAGUACAAGAAUCAGUUGAAAGGGAGGAGGGGGCAGGAAGAGAGGAACAAGACAGAACGAUGGGUGGGAACGAUGAUGACAGGGAUGCUGACAAUGAUGACAGGGAUGCUGACAAUGAUGACAGGGAUGCUGACAAUGAUGGCAGGGAUGCUGACAAUGAUGGCAGGGAUGCUGACAAUGAUGGCAGGGAUGCUGACAAUGAUGGCAGGGAUGCUGACAAUGAUGGCAGGGAUGCUGACAAUGAUGGCAGGGAUGCUGACAAUGAUGGCAGGGAUGCUGACAAUGAUGGCAGGGAUGCUGACCAUGAUGGCAGGGAUGCUGACAGUGACGACUCCAUGAUGACUCAGCCUGACGACGAAGCCACGUGGCAGUCCUUGAUUGAGCAGUCCACGGUCGAAAUUGUUAUGGAAAGUGCAAGGGAAGGAGGGAGGAGAAAGGUGGAUGGGUUGGAGAUUCUUUCAGAUUCACAAGAGGAAGACAAAGGCGGGGGCGGAAGGAUAAGGGUAGAGGAAGAGCAGGAAAGAGAGGGAAGCGAAGGGCGGGGGAAAGGGAAGAAGGGAGGAGAAGUGAGAAGACGCGAAGAGGUGGGGCAUGAGGAGGGGGAAGGAAGGGAGAAGGCAGGAGGCAGUAGCGAGAUGGUGCAGUCAGGACGAAGCGGAGGCCUUGGAGGAGGGGGAGGGAUGGCGAUGGGCGAGUUUGACUUUGAACCGCCGUCCUUCUCCCUCCACGUGCAGCCUUCCGAGCUUCACAUGGAACCUGAUGCGAGGAUGAACUUCCUCCCCUCACAGGGAGUGGACGCUCCCAGCCUCUCGUUUCAUCCUGAGGCGCCUCCAAAGUCCCCCCCUCUCGUGCAGCCCUCUGAGAUUCAGGCAGAACUUGAUGGGAUGAACUUCUCCCCCUCACAGGGCCUGGACGCUCCCAGCUUCUCCUUGAAUCCUGAGGCGCCUCCAAAGAUGGGCGUGAAGCAUGAGACGGCUUUUGAGGCGCCGGAGGAAUCGGGGACACAGGAAUCAGGAUUUCAGGCGUCACAGGGUUUGGACGCACCCAGUUUCUCGUUGGGGCUGGAGGGGUGGGAUGGGGAAGAGGGCGCGUUGGGGGAUGGGCAAUGCAUGACAGAGAGGGACGGGCAACAAGGAGCAGCAGAGAGAGUUUUUGACCGGAGUCAUAGAAAGAUGGAGAGCACAGUGGGGGAUGACGAAGGGUUGGCAAAGAGGGAAGCCUGGGAAGGGAAGCAGGGGGCAGUUGAGCAGCGAGUGGCAGUGGGAUGGGACGGCGAGAGGUGUCGUGAAGAUGAACGGAGUGAGAGAGCCCUUGGAGAUGGUGUUUAUGGGAGGGUUGAGAGUGGUAAGAAGGUGAAGGUUGAGCCACCCGCAACACAGACUCCGGCAACAACACCCACGCUGUCGGAGGCUACGAGGCAGCUGCUGCAGCGGCGCCUGCCGCACCUGCAGCUGGUGGGGUGGCUGGAGGAGCGGGGGUGCGAUGCCAACGGUGACCCUGUUUUCAUCGACUACCGAUGCCAGUUUGGCUCCGAAACUCCCUCCGGGGCAGAUACUGACAGAGGAGGCCGCCCUUUUUCUCAAGCGCAUGGAAAUGAGAAUGAGAAUGAGAAUGGCUGCUAUGAGGUCGGGGGUUCCGGGUUUCCAUGCCCGCAGCAGCCUGCUGGUGUUGGUGCUGCUGGGAGCGCUGCUAGGAAGGUGCAUUUUGAGGCGCCUCAAAAUGCACCUCACUACAUGUGCCCGCAGCAGCCUGCUGGUGCUGGUGGUGCUGGGAGCGCUGCUAGGAAUGGGGGGAGGAUGGGAGGGGAGGGAUUUGGACGGCAGCAGCAGCUUUCCCAGCAGCAAGGGGGCAGUGGGAGGAGGAGAGGGAGUGGUGGUGGCGGUGGUGCUGUUGCUUCCAGGGCUGGUGGUGGUGGUGGUGGCAGCAGUGGUGGUGGUGUUACGGGAAGGGGUGUUGCUGGUAGCAGUGGUGGUCACUGGGUGGCAGAGGGUGGCAAGAAGGUGAGCUGUCUCACACUUUGUUUUAGGUGUGUUUUGAGAAUUCGAGAAAAAUACCUUCUGGAAGGGGUGGUGAUGGCAGCAGCAGUGGUGGAUAUAGGUAUAGGAAGGGGUGCUGCUGCUAGCAGCAGCGGCGGUCACUGGGUAGCAGAGGGCGGCAAGAAGGUGAGUUAUCUGCACUGUCUCUGCUCCCAAUAUUGCAUAACCUCUGCUGGUGGCAGCAGCGGUGGCGGGUAUAGGAAGGGGUGUUGCCGGUAG